AUGACGAUCUGGGUGACCUGUGCCACCACCCGGGGCUGUGGUACCAUCCAGACCCGGGCUGAUGCCCAGGAUCAUUUAUUAAAUGAUUUUUAUCACAUUAGAAGAAACAAAUUGUCCACUCUUGAGGCAUACGAGCAGGUCCAGAAGGGCCCCCUCAAGCUGAAAGGCGUAGCGGAGCUGGGCGUGACGAAGCGGAAGAAGAAGAAGAAAAAGGGCAAAGACAAGGCCAAGCUGCUGGAGGCCACGGGGACGAGUAAGAAGAGCGAGGAGGAGAAGAGGCGCUGCCUGGACAAGCGCACGCCGGCGCAGGCGGCCUUCGAGAAGAUGCAGGAGAAACGGCAAAUGGAAAGAAUCCUGAAGAAGGCGUCCAAAACCCAUAAGCAGAGAGUGGAGGACUUCAACCGACACCUGGACACACUCACCGAGCACUAUGACAUUCCUAACGUCAGCUGGACCAAGUAGCUUGCCCCGGUGCAAAAGACAGGUCAGGCUGGCUGUUUUGCUCACCUCAGUGUUUUCUAGAAUGCCCUACACCUGCCUGGUACAUCUGCUGAAACCAGACUUUCCUGAAACUUGAUUAAAGGCAGGCUGUCCUUUCACCGGGUGUACCCUUUUCUAUUUGGACUGCAACAUUGUGCUUUGACAGGCUCGGGUCUUUUCUGGGUUAGGCCCAUGGAAGGAGGGUACCCUUC